CUCAAAAUGACGGCUCUGCUCAUCUUGUUUGCGGCCGUUGCAGCAGCGGUCACUGGCUGCGAGCUCCCGCCUGGAACGCUACCCAGGACCAUCACCGAGGGCUUCGCGAUCCAGGUUCAGAAUCCCGAGUUCCCCGUCAUCCACAACCGACUCAUGAACCUGUGGGAGGCCGGUGGCGGUGACAAGCAUCUCUUCCUCGCACCCGCGGGCAAUUCGAGCGAUGCCUUGACCCUGGUCGACGGGGUUAUCACGCUGGCUACCGUGGUUCCGACCAUUCGCGCCGUCAUCAAUGGAGAGUACACCCCUGAAGACAAUACCACCAAGAUGUUCAUGACAGAGCGUGGUGAUCCCCGGGCUGUUUACGACGUGGCAUACGGCUGCAAUCCGGAUACGGACGAGGUCCAGACCGAGCUUGUCCUGAGUGCUCGAGGUAGCGAGCCGGGUGGACACAUUUGUGUGCGGUCUACGUCCGGGGAACGGCACGAGUUUCGAUACUCACCACCCGAGAACCCAACGGACGACCCAGCGAGGCCGUGCAUGCCCGUCAGGCUGGCGGUAGUUCACCCUUGA